AUGCAAAUCAAAUCAUAUAAAAAGGCUGUUAAGUUUCUUUCUUGACCAUAGGUUGCUCAGGUUUGUUUGAGCUACUUCGGAGAGUUCGAGAGACAGUCUCGCGACGAAUCGGUUGUGCAAGGUAACAUCCAAGACAGUCAAACAGAGAAAUCAAUGAAGAUCUCUGUAGUUUUUGCCUUUGCCUUCGUGGCUAUGUGUGUUCUUGAAUGCUGUGUUUCAGAUCAAUGGGAAAAGCAGAAUACCUCACCAGUGUGCUUUGGCGCAAAGGACGGUCAGUUUGGCAGAUUCUAUGUUAAAAGUGGUUAUAGAAAGCUGGCUGCUGUGAGGUUGGUUCAUCUCUACGGAUACGUUUCCUGUGACACACGACAUGUCUCUUAUUGGUCUUACUGGGGCUGUGGCUUGUACGGCUGGGGACUGGGCAAGAUUAAUGUUGUCAUAACAACGUCGGGCAAUCACGUUCUUUUGCCACCGCGCCAGUUCAUCGUAAAUGAUGGUGCUAAAUGGUCCCAGGUUCCUGGAUAUAACUCACUCUCCCCAGAGUUAGUGCUAUCGUUUUUCAGCCCCUCCCGCGUCAACCGCCACCAAGAGUUACGAGUGUGGUAUGGCGAGGAUCUGAUGAAUACCAGCGAGGGAGACAAUGGUGGCACCGCUUGCGUUGAUGUAUAUGCAAUUUUCGUCUGAACUUUCACUGAGCAGCAGAUAGUCGUAAUAAAACUUUUUAUGGCUUUUUAAGUGAUGGAAUCAUAAACUAGAAAAGUGCUUACUUUGAUAUUAAGUUUAUCUCUGUACUGCUUUUGGGACCAGUCCUUAUUUACCGCCGAGGGGAAGGGUAGGGGAGGAGGGGGGGGGGGGGUUAAGGGAUUUGAUUGUUGUCGGGAUCACAUAGUUUCAAGGGGAAAUGAAGGGGGGGGAUAAUUCCUCGGUAACAGAGUAUGAAGGGACGAUUGUAAAAAAUUGGGUGUUCCCUUUUUUCCAUUCAUCCACUGUCCCCUCCGGCCUCCCCUCUUCCCUCCUUUAGGAGCCUGGCUACGCAGGUUACGAUUUCUAAUAGGGUCUAUUGUUGGUAGAAAUAAUCCGAAACCUCCCCUCCCCUCCCCCAGGGCGAUGAAUAAUGACUGGUCUCCAAGGAAAACAAUUUCAUAGGUUAAAAACUAUAAAUACAAGUGUAAUGCAUUUAACCCCUAGUUGUGCUCUUGAUCAAAUGUAGUUUCCUGUUAUCAUGUGCUCCGGAAAAUUGUAAUUUGUCAGAUUGCUUUUAAACGAGGGGUGUACCUUAAAAGUAGAAACCACGUUUCAAGGGCAGAUACAUGCAGUGUCAGCUUUAUGUUAUGUAACAAAGCAUUUUUGACAAGCAAAAUAAAAGAGUAACUGCUUUC